AUGGCUGAAAAUAACAAGGCUACCUUGCAAGCUCAAGCUCCAAAGGAUCCAACAAGGAAACAACCCAUCACAAUAAUGGAGGAUGCAUUUGAAGAGCAAGUUAGGACUCCGAAGAAGACAAGGAAGGCUCAACCAACUGCACUUUUUCAAGAAUGCACGCAUAAUGGAAAUGGGACAAUGUUUGAAGUUGAAAAGAACUCUAAAACUAGGAAUCAAAGGACUGCUGAACCUGAUGCAAUGGAUCAAAAUGACAUAAAUUCUGAUGAUGACGGAGAAGAUACAAGCGAGAUGAGUGCAACUUCAAAUAAAAAAGGAAUGAGUCUUGACAUGUAUUUUAAGGUACAUGGGAUAAAUUUGGAAGAUGAAGAAGAUGAGGAAGAUGAAGAAAAUGAGCUUGAUGAUAAUGCAAAUGAUGUGGGUAGUGGAGGACAAACUAGUAAUGAAGGUACAAUAAAGAAGAAAACCCGUGGAAAAACUACGUGCAAAAAGCUUCAUGCCACAGAUUUUAAUGAUCGAUGGGAGGUGGUAUUUUUUCAAGGGCAGCCUGUAGGUCCAACCAACGAGGUUGUAUCUGACCUCAACCAAUUAUUGGGCACAACAGUUAGAAACUCUCGUUUUGUGACUUUGUUAUAUACUAGUUGGUAUGGUGUGCCUAAUAAACUCAAAGAGGACAUGUGGGAGUAUGCUAAUCAAAAGUUCAUUCUUCCCAUAAGUUCAAAGCCGUGGGUAAUGCGGGGAUUUUGUGGUGCAUGGAAAAAAUAUAAGAGAGAAAUUAAAAAAGAACAUUUCGUGAAAUACAACACAAAGAAAGAAAUGAUAAAGAACCGACCAUUAGAUAUUCCCGAGGUUCAAUUUCGCAAACUAAUUCGGUAUUGGAGUCUUCCGGCCAUCAAGGCUAUCUCUGCUAAAAAUACUAAAAAUAGGUUGAAACAAACAUGUCCUCACCGAAUGGGAUCCACAAAUUUUGGAAUAGUGCGUAAACAGCUGCACGACUCUAAAGAGAACAGUGAAGAACCAUCAAGGGCUGAAGUUUUCAGAGCAACUUGCACAAGUAAAAAAGGAAAAGAAAUUGACGCUAAAACACAAGCCACAAUUAUUAAACUUCAGAACCACUUAGAAUCAGGAGAAAAUGAAGAGGAUGCAUUUGUAGGAGUGUUAGGAAAGGACCAACCAGGUCGAGUUCAUUGUUAUGGGGCUUUGGUGGACGAAAUUGGCACAGGUCAAAACAAUUUACCUUGCAGUGAUACAUGA